AUGGCAACUUCAUUACCUCCUUUACUUCUGCAGAAACUUCAACGUCGUGGAAUCGUUGCGGAUGAAAAGAAAGAAGAGGAAGUGUUCGCUGAAAGUUAUGAUCAAGAGGAUGAAACGAAAGCUGACACUGGCAAGGAAAAAUAUCGUGGUGGCGCUCCAGGAUGUCCAAACAAACACAUACUUUUUCACGUCUGCACUGAAUUUUGCUUUGAUCAAUGGCAAGAAGGAUAUCCGGAAUCUCGUCUUCCUGAACGUUAUUUGGAACAACGAAAGAAAAUGCUGCGCAAUUAUCCACUGCCUGAAGGUUGGACGGAAAUUUAUGAUUCCGGGAUGCGCCGGCAUUACUAUUGGAAUCAGAGCACUGAUGAGGUUUUUCAAUAA